AGGGCGAGCGAGGGAGGGAGGGAGGAAAGGGGGCUGGAGGGCGAGUGAGGGAGUGUAGGAGAGAAGGAUAGGGUCCCAGAAGAGAGUACCAGCCUCCCUCUCUCUCUCUCACACACACACACACACACUCCACAGUAACACAUCCACAUUUACAUCGGCUCCCCCAGUUGUACUUUUUUUUUUUUUUUUUUUUUUUUUUUUUGGUGAAUAGUGGAUUACUUUCCAAAUUGAAGCACUCUGCGGGCAAAAUCCUCAGGCAUGAUCAGGUGGCAGCAUGUCGGAGCGGUUUUGAACUGUGAAAUGAACCAUGGAGGGGUGCAGGAGGACAGUCACUAGCCGAGCCAGCAGCCGCACAACCACAACCACCAACACCACCACCACCACCAGCACCAGCAGCAGCAGCAGCAGCAGGAGAAGCAGCAGCCCAGGGAGGCCCCGCAGCAUGCAGCUGGGUCCUCACUAGCACCAAGUGGAGCCAGUCCUCUCCUCUUCAUCUGAGCCCAGGGCUGCAGAAUGCUCAGUCCAGUCACCCCAUAUAGUCUGUUGAAGAUGCACUGGUCUCCGGAGCACGCCGCCCCCUUAUCUCAGUGGCCUGAGCAGCACCUAGAUGUCACCUCUACCACCUCACCACCGUCUGCCCACAAACAUGACCCCUACUCUACAGCUUCUCGCCGCAGCUUUGCCCCUGCAGGUUACCCUUGGGCCAGUGAUGACAUAUCAGCCCUUACUGCUUCUUCUCUUCUCAAACGCUAUGCUGAGAAAUACUCAGGCUUGGAACUGUCCUAUGAACGUCCUCCUACAGGGGCCUACCCAGAGCCUGGAACUUUCCUGAAAACUGAACCUGAGCCCUGGGCUCUGGGUGUUACCCAGGAGUGUUACCCUGGACUGGAGGCAUUAACUGGUGCCAAGGUAGGCUCUGCAUCUGUGGGCAUCCCAGCAACAGGAAGUGUGACAGUAGUGAGUAAUUUAGCCUCUGAGCCAGGCUAUAGUGGUGCCGGGCCAUGCAGUGCCCCGUCAUCUCAGGAAUACCCUCCUGCCUACAACAGCACCUACCUAUCCUCAGGAUACUGCCCUCAGCCCAGCGCAGCACUUCCCCCUGCCCCUCUACACACUCUACAGGCAGCACCCACUCUAGUGCCCAGCUACAGCGCGAGCACUCCUGUGUACAACUACCCUCCCGGGUGCUACCCCCAAACCAGCCUGUCCUCUGGAUACAGCCACCCCAGUGCCUCCUACCUGCCCUCUGGUAUUAGCGCCCCCAAUCCUCUGGUGCCGAGGCCCACCAUGGUGGGGAGCAGUUACAGCUACCCAUCUCACAGCCUCGGAGGGAGCUCCGAGGCAGGGGUGCCACUGAAACGCAAGGCCUUCGAGAUGACAGAGGAAGGACAGGAGGGAGCAGAGGAGGAGGGAUCACGCUACAGAAAGUAUGGCAACGGCCAUGGAAACAGUCAUGGCAAAAGUCACGGCAACGGGCACGGCAAUGGCUACGAUAUGAGCGGCUCAAGCUCAGACCCACAGGCCUUCAAACCUGGAAAGCCCCUGAUGUCACCUCCCUAUGGUGGGGCAAGGGACUACAGCCCACCAUCAGGCCUAGCAGGAGAGAGUGUGUCAGGGGAGCACAACUUUCCUCAGCAACAGAGAAUGUCUAUGAAGAUACCUGCAUCGCACGCACGCUCUGAGGACCCCACCGGAGGGCGCUGACAAACCCGACUGGCAUUUGAAAGGAUUCUUUCACUGUUUGAAACCAUCCAGGGUUCUUAAUCCAGACAGACACGUGGGAAUAAACUUGGAUUUAUCAUUGAAAGGUUUCAUUUCAUGAUAGAACACAAGAAGGCACAAUUUCUUGUGCAUCUUUACCAGUUUCAAUUAUUCAUGUUUUUCCAAAGAUUCACAGGGGCAUUGUACCCUGCAUUGUUCCCUGUGAGGUUAAGGUAAGUCUUAGGGGUGAGGUGAAGGCAUUCUCUACAUAGACAGCAUGAGUGUCUGUUUCUCUCAGGAUCCUAUUUAUUUCUUUUCUGCUGCUGUGGCAGCAGUACUGCAACAUUGCUGUUUUAGAAAGUUGGUGUAAUUAUUUGUGGCCAUUAUGUAUGUAAAAGGCCUUUGACUGCAAUACGUUCUACCACACCACACAAAAAAAUCAUUACUGACCAAAAAAUAAGGAGAAGCAAUAACUGAAAUGAGAUUGCCAUACUACUUCAGCACAAUCACUGCUACUUUACACAGCUGACUAAAAAGGCUUGGCGUCGCUCGGCCUUGAGAAAUGAAUGUUUCCCAGCUCAUCCCGUGCUUUCCCCUGACCUUUACUCACUCGUGAAUUUUCAGUUUCCUUAACCCCUUCUUUCUUUUCAUGUCUUUAAUCUUAUCUAUCCUGGUGUCCUGCUUAUUGUUCUCAACUUUUUCACUGCUUAAGAUUUUUUUUUUUUGUCCAGUUUACACAUAACAAGCUGCUUAUCAAAUGAUUACAUAGUAUACAUGAAGCCGCCCUUUAAAUUGUUUUGAUGUAAAGAAAGAGUGGGGGGGAAAUAAUCUAAGAUUUUAUGUUCAUUUAAAAAUGUAUUUGACACUAGUAUAAGCAGAUUAUCUUCAAAGCGUGUUGUUUACUUGCAGAUUUCCGCUGAUCCAACAGGUAUAUUUUCUAAUAAUGUAAUACCCGAUCCAGCUUAUGCCUUGUAAUAAUAACCAUACAAAUCUCGAAAACAACCAAAAAACAAACAUGCUCUCAUUUGCGUACUGCUAAAAUUCACUCAGAGCAAACAGAUUGUCGCCUCUAAACUGAGAUGCUUGCAGGUUGCAGUGGAGGAAAUAUGCCUCAACAUCACAUUCUUCAUGAAGAUCUACCCGCUUUGUCUGCUAGGAUUUACUUUUUUCUUUCUUUUUUUUUUUUUUGAAAAAUUAUGCAUUCUCUUUACUUUUGCCUCUCAAAAGGAUGAUUUAUAGUUGUGUUAUUGAAUACUCAGGAAGAAUAUUGUUACCUCAGAAUGAUAAAAUAAGAAUGUAUGUUAUUACCUUAGGGUGUUUGUAGGGAGCUUUACGGAGCGAGAUGAAAAAAAAAACGGAGCCAUGGCUUUUAUUAAGAGCAAAACAUACUCUGAAAACUUCAGGGAAACGAUGAACUUACAAGGCCUUUGAAACGAACAGUAGAAAACACACAAACACACACACACACACGCACACACACACACGCACACAUAUCCACACUGCUUUUUAGCUCUGGGAAAUUAAACUUGAGGUUUUUGUACCAAGGCCUGAAAUGUUGAAUGUAAUUCAGAUAUUUUUUUUAAAGAAAGGACAAUACAUGCCAUAAUGUACAUCGAUGUUUUUAGAUAUAUGAAACAUAUUUUCUUCAUGUAUAGAUGUAAUUCUCUUAUAAGUUUUGGUGGAGAAAUGAAUGACAUGUUAAGUGUUAGUGUAGUUAGUGGGGGAAAACGGUUUUGUGGACAAACUGUCAGAACAAAGCACUCCUGAUGAACAACUUUUGACAUAUCAAGACGUACACAUACUACAGUAUAUGCUCUAUAUGUUUGUUAAAUGUCUUAAUGUGUCCAAUUUCCAUUUCCCAUAUCAGUAUUGUGAAACUGCUUGACACAGUGUCACCAGUCAAUCAGCUUGACUUUAGUUCUAACAUGAAUUGACAUGAAGUUAAAUAUUAAAUAUGUGCACUGUUGGAAAAAUACAUUCAGUUACAACUAGAAACCUUUUUUUUUGUCACAGAGAUGUAGCUUUGUUGCUCCAUUAUGCCAUCCCUUCAUAAGUUGUGCCAUACAAUUAUUAUUGAUCUUUUUCCUCCAUAAUUAAAUAGCAGACGUUUUGGGGG